AUCAGGAAAACACGAGUUUGAGUAGAACUGAAUUCAGUCUCUUUUCAUCUCCACUCCAUCUUUGCUCCGCCCUGUUAUCACGCCGCCGCUCUCCUACCCAGUUCUCCGCCGCUGAUCUCCGCCGCAGUUUCGGCAUCGGACAGAAAAUGGUUAUUCCUCCAGUAAGGCUAGACAGAGUGACAAAGUUUCUCAAACCUUAUGUCCUGAGAAUGCACUUUACGAACAAGUUUGUCAACGCACAAGUUGUCCACACACCAACUGCCACGGUGGCUUCUUCAGCCAGCACACAAGAGAAGGCACUGAGAUUGAGUAUGGAAAAGGCUAAAGAAAACACUAGAGAUGUAGCUGCUGCUGCUAAAAUCGGAAAAAUACUCGGCGAAAGACUUCUGCACCAAAAUAUACCUGCUGUUUCGGUAUUCUUGAAGAAAGAUCAGAAAUACCAUGGCAAGGUUAAAGCGGUAAUUGAUUCGUUGUCUGCGGUAGGAGUGAAAUUGAUAUAGGGCUUUUGCUUUGCAGUUCUAUUUUUUAAGACAGUAUCGAGGGCUGAUCUGUUGUUUGUUUUGGCGAAUUUGUUUCGUUUUGGAAUAUUCUUAAAUAGAACUGACCGUCAGUGUUGAUGUUUUUAUAAUAAUUAGAGCUUUCGUCUACGCUGUAUGCUAUUUCUUGCUUCGUAUAAUUUUUCUGUGUAUUGAGGUUUCUUCACAAGAAGUCUACCCUCUAGUAGAUGCUCCUUUCCACUAAAAUGUGAACCAAAUGUAUCGGGUUUUUAAGACAACCGAAUAUGUUCAGUUUUCAGUUUGUUUUUCGGCU